AUGCUUAAGGGCUUCAAUUACACCACUGAUCUUCAGAUAUACUGGCAGGUGUGCGAAGAAAGCUAUUUCACGUCAGAAAGUAAUAAAGAGGACUACCUUUCACUUGUCGAGCCGCUUGCCAAACUGUAUUCGUACAUCGUUGAAUACCAGGCUAGGACUAUCUGCUACCUAUCUGGCCCUCAGAAAGCCCGCGCGUGGAGAAGCAUGACCGGCUCUGACGAUUGGUUCGCUACCAUUGAGCAAAUAGAAAAGCAGGAUCAGGUCUGCAGAGAUAUCCUAGGACCCGUUGAAGCGAAAAUCACGCGGGACACGGCAGCCAGACAGCUGCAGCAGAUGCAGGAGUCGCAGACCAUCCUACAUGAUAUCCGAGAGAUUUUGAGAGAGGGAGAAAAUCAAGCCAAAAAGGUUCACGCGGAUGAGGCAGAACGGGCCCUUCUUCAAGAUUUGACGUCGGCAUUCUCAGAUCCCAGCAGGAGUCAUGCUGAGUCGUCAUGCGAGGCUCAAUAUGCGGGACUUGAAUCAUACAAGAACCUCAAUCCCGAGAGAGUUCCAGGAACAUGCGAAUGGUUCUUCAGGGACGAGAGAUUUUGCAACUGGCGUGCUUCCGAAUUCUCCAGCUUACUCUGGGUCUCCGCUGGCCCAGGCUGCGGAAAGUCCGUCUUGUCGCGCGCGCUCAUUGACGAAGAUAGGCUGUCGAUUGGCGUCACCACUUCAAAUAUUUGCUACUUCUUUUUCAAGGAGGGGGACAGUCGACGAAUGCACAGCACGAAUGCUUUAUGUGCGUUACUUUACCAGCUGUUAGAGCAGGAUGGUGCUUGUGAUGGUAAAAAUAGACUGCUCCAACAAGCACUUGCCAAGCACAGGGCAUUGGGAGCCAAUCUCACAAGAGACUUCUAUGAACUGUGGGAAAUCAUUGAGGGUUAUAGCAAGCUACCAGAAGCGGGUGAAACGGUUUGCCUUCUGGAUGCCCUUGACGAAUGUGAUAGGGAUAGCAGUGAACAGCUGGUCAAUGCGCUGAGAGACUUCUAUUGCUCUCCAGCGGCCACCUCCUCGAAACUCAAAUUUCUCAUCACCAGCCGUCAAUACGACUACCUGGCAGCACUUUUCGAUCAAUUCUCUCCAACUGCAUAUGUUCAAUUUGAUGGCAACGAAAAGUCCGAAGAUAUUAACCUUGAAAUUGACAUCGUCAUCGACUAUCGCGUAAACCAACUUUCCCCUUACUUAACAACGGAAGACCAACGUAAAAUUUCGGAUCGUUUAAAGCAAAUGGAAAACCGUACGUAUCUCUGGUUAUAUCUCAUCUUCGAUAUCAUGCGACAGAACUCAAGCAUAUACUCGAAACGCUCAAGGAUCGAGAGUCUACUGCAAAGCAUACCCAGCAAAGUCUCAGAUGCCUACGAGAGAAUUCUAAGCAGAAGCCCUGAUGAAAAACAGACCGAAAUCAUGCUUCAAAUUAUUCUUGCUGCGGAACGACCUCUUUCUCUCAGCGAAAUGAAUGUGGCGCUGACCUUGGCUUUGCAAGAUGCGCCAUUCGAGUCACAAUCACAACUCGAAUCUGACCUCUGGCCAGGUACUAAUUUCAAAAAUGUUGUGGAAAACCUAUGUGGCCUUUUUGUCACUGUACGACCGACAGGGCUUUUCUUUCUACACCAGACAGCAAGAGAGUUCCUCGUUAACACCAAGAAGGAGGGUAAAUGGCAGGGACGGUUUAAUCUAGCACAGUCCCAUGCUGUGAUUGCACGGCCAUGCCUACAAUACUUACUACUGCCUGGCAUCGACCGUGAUCCUGAAAGUGGCAGCAGCAAUAACAGUAGUAUAGCUUUCCUACCGUAUGCCGCUAAUUAUUGGGCUCAUCAUUACGUCCUACAAGAGGCUACCGCUGCUACACGGCUUCAGGAUCACGCUAUUGCCCUUUGCACGCUUACUGAUCCUCGUAUUGAACCUUGGACAUACUAUUGUCUGCCGUAUAACAGUCUCCUCGAGAAUGACAGUUACGACAUAUGGAGUGGUUUGCCAAUGGCGACCUAUCUCGGCUUUACUGAUGUGGUUCGGGCGCUUUUCGAUCCAGGAAGCGGCGCAAUAGUCCAAGAUGAUGACAAACAUGGCACCGCCCUUUGUGUGGCAUCUCUUUUGGGACAUACGCAGAUCGUCCAAAUUUUGGUGGAUUACUUCGUUCCUGAUGUUCCUUCAAGACGCACGGAUCUCAACAUGGCAAGGUAUUUUGCAAGCAUGACAUGGAAUGAUGAUAUCAUGAAGUUGUUAGAUGAGGCGGGACGCUAUAAUCACAAAUAUGCAGGUGGACACAAUACGCAACUGGGGGAAUUUACAGUAUUCAACCAAUUGCUCUUGCGGGUCAAUAGGUCAAAACUGGGAAAUGCCCCUCCCUUCCCAGCGGUGGACGCGGUAAUGAGCUUUCGACGGAUAUGGCGAGAUGAGCUUGUACUGUCGCAAGAAAUGUGA